AUAAAAACAAAAACAGAAGAAGCUCUAAGGACGGAGAAUCGAGCUGACACAAAAACACCACUACCAAUGAGCGCAGGUCCAGGUGACUGGUAUUAAUAAUCACAUAAAGAAAGGCUUAGUUUGGUGGCAAUUCCCUGCUUUCCACACUUGUAUCUAAUCCUAUAUACUACUAAAAGCUUAAGGAUUCUGAUAUUCACGAUCACCACUAUAUAAUAUGUUAGCUUUUAAACCAAAGCCUUCUUCCCUCAGGUCAACUUUCUCCGGCACUGCCCUCCGGCCACCUCCACGGCUCUAUGGGGUUCCGGUGCUGCUCUCCUUUUCCCGGACUACGUGGUCAAGGCCCCUGGUUCGUGCCGUCAUCAGUGAUGACAAGGCUGUGGAAUCAGCUAAAACCUCGCCACUUGAUCAAAAACACAGUAAUGGCUCAUCUGAUUCUUCCUCUAAGCAAGUGAAGGCUGUUGUGACUAUAAAGAAAAAGAUGAAGGAAAACAUCACUGAGAAGAUUGAGAACCAAUGGGAAAUGUUGAUGAAUGGGAUCGGUCGUGGGAUCUUGAUUCAGCUCAUCAGUGAAGAGAUUGAUCCUGUUACUAAUUCGGGGAAGAGCGUUGAGGCUUUUGUAAGGGGAUGGUUUCCAAAGCCUCAAGAACAUGACAACAUACUUCAAUAUGUAGCCGAUUUUACUCUCCCAUCCGACUUCGGUAGACCCGGGGCUGUUCUCAUCACCAACCAGCAUGCCAAGGAAUUCCACCUGCUGGAGAUUGUUAUUCAAGAUUUCGAUGGAGUCCCUAUUUACUUCCCUGCAAAUACCUGGAUCCAUUCUCGGAAUGAUAAUCCGGAAAGUCGAAUUAUAUUCCGAAAUCAAGCAUACUUACCGUCACAAACACCGCCUGGCCUUAAAGACCUACGAAGGGAAGAUUUGCUCAGCAUUGGUGGUAACGGGAAAGGCGAGAGAAUGCCUCAUGAAAGAAUUUACGAUUACGAUGUUUAUAAUGAUUUAGGUAAACCUGACAAGGAGAGAGAUCUUGCUAGGCCGGUUUUGGGUGGCGAGGAAAGGCCUUAUCCUAGGCGGUGUAGAACUGGCCGACCGGCUUCUAAAAUAGAUCCACUUUGUGAGAGUAGAAUCGAAAAGCCUCAUCCUGUUUACGUACCUCGGGAUGAGGCCUUCGAGGAGAUCAAGCAGGAUACUUUCUCUGCUGGGAGGUUGAAAGCACUUCUUCACAAUCUUGUACCAUUGAUGGCUGCUACUUUGUCGAGUUCUGAUAUUCCGUUCACAUGCUUUUCGGAGAUAGAUAAGCUAUACAAUGACGGUUUCAUCUUGAAAGACGAUGAGCAAAGAAAACUAGGUGACAAUCUAUUCAUCGGCAAUAUGAUGAAACAAGUUCUGAAUGUAGGCCAAAAGUUGCUAAAAUAUGAAAUCCCAGCUGUUAUAAGAAAGGACAGAUUUUCAUGGUUGCGAGACAAUGAAUUUGCACGCCAGGCUUUGGCCGGAGUCAAUCCUGUGAAUAUCGAGAUUUUGAAGGAAUUUCCGAUUCUUAGCAAACUAGACCCUGCUAUUUAUGGCCCCCCGGAAUCAGUGAUCACUAAGGAAUUGAUCGAGCAAGAACUUCACGGAAUGAGUGUGGAUAAGGCUCUCGAGGAAAAAAGAUUGUUUAUGGUUGAUUUCCAUGAUAUGCUUUUGCCUUUUAUCAAGAGGAUAAACAACUUACCAGGGAGAAAGUCUUAUGCAUCCCGGACGGUGUUCUUCUAUACCAAGACCGGAAUUCUAAGGCCAAUAGCUAUCGAGCUUUCACUUCCUCCCACACCUUCAUCAAAUCGGAAUAAAUAUGUUUAUACUCAUGGACAUGAUGCUACAACAUACUGGAUUUGGAAACUAGCCAAAGCUCAUGUUUGUGCAAAUGAUGCCGGUGUCCAUCAGCUUGUAAAUCACUGGUUGCGUACUCAUGCUUGCAUGGAGCCAUACAUAAUUGCAACUCACAGACAGCUUAGCUCAAUGCACCCUAUUUACAAGCUGCUUCACCCUCAUAUGCGCUACACGCUAGAAAUUAAUGCGCUUGCACGACAAAGUUUAAUUAACGGAGGUGGGAUAAUUGAGGCUUCUUUCAGCCCCGGAAAGUACGCCAUGGAACUAAGUGCUGCUGCUUACGAGAGUUGGCGGUUUGACAGGGAAGCAUUGCCCGCGGAUCUGAUUCAUAGGGGCAUGGCAGUGGAGGAUCCUUCAGCUCCCGGUGGCCUGAAACUUUUGAUCGAGGACUACCCUUAUGCAGCCGAUGGAUUGCUCAUUUGGUCUGCCAUCAAAGAAUGGGUAGAAUCCUAUGUCGAACACUUUUAUACCGAACCCGAUUCCGUCACGUCUGAUGUUGAGCUCCAAGCCUGGUGGAGUGAGAUCAAGAACCGAGGUCACCAUGACAAAAGGAAUGAACCCUGGUGGCCUAAACUCGCCACGAAAGAAGACUUGUCUGGGAUACUUACAACAAUGAUCUGGACUGCAUCAGGCCAGCAUGCAGCUAUAAACUUCGGACAGUACCCAUUCGGAGGAUACAUGCCAAACCGUCCCACUCUCAUGAGGAAACUUAUACCGCAAGAAACCAAUCCCGACUUUGAGAAAUUCAUGCAGAACCCUCAGCGCACAUUUCUAUCCUCAUUGCCGACACAGCUUCAAGCAACUAAAAUCAUGGCCGUUCAGGACACUUUAUCAACUCAUUCUCCAGAUGAAGAGUACUUGGGUAAAAUGAACGAAUUUCAUAGCAGCUGGAUCAAUGAUCAUAAAGUGUUACAAAUGUUCGACCGAUUCGCCGCAAAACUUGGGGAAAUCGAGGAAAUCAUAAACGAAAGAAACAAGGAUAUAAGACUUAAAAACCGAACCGGUGCAGGCAUUCCUCCAUACGAACUGCUGCUGCCUUCAUCAGGCCCUGGUGUAACUGGUCGUGGAAUACCCAACAGCAUUUCCAUUUGAUGAAAUUUAGUACGUAGUUGUAGUAAGAUGAAAUUUAGUACGUAGUUGUAGUAAUAAUACUAGGUUUCUUUUUAGUUAUGGUUUUUUAUAAUAAAAAAAAUUACAUUUGGUGCAUCGUUUUCUUUGUGUAGAGCUCAGAGACAUACUUGUAAAUUUGCAAUCAUCACAAUAAACACAUUUUAGUAGCAAA